AGCAAAAGCCGCAAUUCAUCGUUAAACUUAAUUCAAAGCUAAAACCCCCAACAACUGAUAAUAGUACUAACAAAUUUUCAAUUCAGUUCAUGGUCUCAAAAAACCCGAACCCGCCGGAGCUUUUCUACUUGGAUCCGAACGGAAUGGCCUUACCCGGACUCACACCCUUCGACACCACAACUACUUCCACCAAUUCGUCGUCGGAGGAUCCGUCUAAGAAGAUCCGAAAACCCUAUACCAUCACCAAGUCAAGAGAGAGCUGGACCGAACCUGAACACGACAAGUUUCUAGAAGCUUUACAUCUCUUUGACCGCGACUGGAAAAAGAUCGAAGCAUUUGUUGGUUCAAAAUCGGUUAUUCAGAUACGUAGUCAUGCACAGAAAUAUUUUCUAAAGGUGCAGAAGAGUGGAACCAAUGAACAUCUGCCUCCCCCAAGGCCCAAAAGGAAGGCUGCUCAUCCAUAUCCUCAGAAAGCUUCGAAAAAUGUAUCCUUUCAACCAUCAUCUGCUCUUCUUGAACCUGGAUAUAUUCGAAGGCCUGAUUCCUCUUCCGUGCCUGUGAACCCUAUAACAAAUGCUGCUGCAGCUUCUUGGACGAAUAACACGCCAGCACUCAGUUUCUCAAAUCAAGCAAAAGGACCAAUAGUAUCAAAUAAUUGUUGCAGUAGCACAGAGAGUACUCCUAAAACAAAACCAAUUGGGGAAACAGCUGAGCAAGGGACUCGUAGCCAUCCAUUACGAGUUCUGCCCGACUUUGUUCAAGUAUACACCUUCAUUGGUAGUGUCUUCGAUCCAAAUGUUACUGGUCAUCUGCAGAGACUUAAAAAAAUGGACCCUAUAGAUGUUGAAACGGUGCUGUUGCUGAUGAGAAACCUCUCUAUCAAUCUGACCUGCCCUGAAUUUGAGGACCAUAGAACACUACUCUCGUCCUAUGAGAUUGACGCAGAUGUAGCUGGUGCAAACAAAACUCUUAAAGACGACUCACCAAAGCAUGCCACAUAAUUUUGGUUAUGAGCCGAAACUGACCUUUCAUCACUGUUUGAUUUGCCUGAGUUCCGAAUUUACUUGUCUGAUUGCCCCAUACAACACCGACUUAUCAGAUGAAUGCAGGCCGAGAGACUAGUUAGAUAGCUUCAACCGCCAUCUAUUAAAGGCGUCUGCAGCAAUAAUUUUUUAUUUGUUUUCCUGUCAUGCUAUAAUAAGCUAUAAGUAACUUUUAGCAUUCUGACUUCAUGUACAUAUUGGAAAGACCCAAAAAAUAAAAUUCAUGGUACCACGACGAGUGUAUAGUUGUAAAAAUCGUUGGAAGACUUUCGUGUACAGUAUCUAAUUACGCUGUAUUCAAGUUUUGACUCAAAUUUUCAUUGUCUA